AAUGCGGAGACUCGUUAGCAGAUUUAUACAUCAAUGGAAAAAACAAAUGAGGCAGGACGGUGUGAACGAGGACGAUCUAUUGGAGAUUAAACAGGAUAUCUCUUCGCUUAGAUACGAACUAAGAGAGGAUAGAAAAAGAGAAUCCGCUAGAACGAGUAGCCAUAUUGAAACUGUAAAAAGGGACGUUAUAAGAUCAAUUCAUCAGUCGAACCCUAGUAUGGACCACGCGUGUGUUGUUGAUCCAAUGAGCGAGAUAAGCCAAGCCGUCCAUAGACCUCCUUCUCCCUCGUAUGCCGCCUAUAGUCCUCCCACGCUGAGUUUCCUCAAUCCAAGCGAAAUCGACGCGCUUCGAAAGGAAAUUAUUAUUGGUUUAAAGGCAGAAAUACGUGAAUUGGCUAUGGAGAUGGUUCGUGAUAAUGGCAACAACGCAGCGGCACCUAGUGCACCAUCUUUAAAUGCUGAAUUGUAUCACACUCAUCUAUACACUCAGUUGUAA